AUGCAGGCUUCACGGUCAUAUGUGAUCCAAGCGUCGCUCGACAAGCUACAGGAUAUUGAUCCAGAUCUUCGAUUUAUGGGAUUCAGUGACCUAAAUAAUGAAAUCACCAAUCCCGACAACGCUGGACUUUUCUCUGCUGAUGUCCAAUUGACCCGAAAUGUCAUCAAUGCCAUCCUCAGCAAGCUCGAAGACCCCAUCACCGAAGUACAAAACCAGGCUAUGAAAUGGUAG